GGUGAGCGCUUCCCCGGCCUUUAUGCAACCCGCGCCUUCGGAGACAUCGCCGGGCAGGCUUUGGGCAUUGUCAGCCAGCCCGACAUACGCAAGACCUCCUUUGAUAGGACCCCUGGCGUCGUACUUCUGGGCUCUGGCGGCCUGUGGGAGAUGUUGGAUGACUCGAGGCCUGGCGAAGAAGCCCUGCAGCUGCUGGGAUCUUGCCGCCUGAAGGAAUGCGGUCCGCGCAUUGCCUCCGGCAAGCUGACAUCAGAAGCCAAGUCCAGAUGGCAGCAG